GCUGGCCGUCUGCCCGACGACGAAUGGCACCGUGCCACGGCCUGCUGCGCGGCGGGGCCCAGGCGGCCAGAUAGCCCAAUUCGUUUGGCCCUCCUCCUCCGCCCCGCCUUGCCCGCGCGCGGAGCACGAGACGCGUUGACCCCCGGGCACCGCCACCGCCACUCUUCAGCCCCACUCCACUCUCCGCCACUUUCCAGCCCGCCGCCCCAAGCUCCCCCAGCCCACCAGUCGCCCCCGCCUCUUCCUCUUCCUGUUCCUGUUCCCCAUGGCGUGCUCGGCGGCGGCGGGCGUCGAGGCGACGGCCCUCCUGUCCCCCCGCUGCCCCGCCCCUUCCCCGCCCGACGGCCGCUCCCGCCGCCGCCUCGCCCUCGCCUCCCGGACGCGCCACCGCAGCCUCAGGGCGGCCGCGCAGCGUCCUCACAAGAGCACAACCGGCGCCGACCCCCUUAACAACAGGGCAAAUCCAAGGAGCGACGAGGCAGCGGUUUCCGCCGAAAAAGAACGGCAAAGGAAAUACAACGAUGGAGAUGGCAUAUCAAACCUUCAGCUGGAAGAUUUGGUAGGACUGAUACAGAACACCGAGAAGAAUAUACUUCUUUUGAAUCAAGCUCGUCUUCAGGCAAUGGAACACGCUGAUAAAAUUCUUAAAGAAAAGGAAGCCUUGCAGAGGAAGAUAAACAUUUUAGAGACGAGGUUGUCAGAAACAAAUGCACAACAUAAGCUUUCAAGUGAAGGGAAUGUCAGUGACUCUCCACUAUUAUUGGAGUUUGAUGUUCUAAAGGAAGAUAAUAUUCUACUGAAGGAGGACAUAGAAUUUUUCAAAACAAAGCUUAUAGAGAUUGCCGAGACAGAGGAGGGCAUAUUCAAAUUGGAGAAAGAGCGUGCUCUUUUAGAUGCUUCCCUUAGGGAGCUGGAGUCCAGAUUUAUAGCUGCCCAAGCAAAUAUGAUGAAACUUGGUCCUAGGGAUGCCUGGUGGGAGAAAGUAGAAAAAUUGGAAGACUUGCUUGAGACCACAGCAAACCAAGUAGAGCAUGCUGCUGUGAUAUUGGACCACAAUCAUGAUCUGCAGGAUAGGCUUGACAAUUUAGAGGCAUCACUGCAAGCAGCAAAUAUUUCAAAGUUCUCUUGUUCUCUUGUUGAUCUUUUGCAGCAAAAGGUCAAAUUGGUAGAAGACCGCUUCCAAGCAUGUAACAGCGAAAUGCAUUCUCAGAUUGAACUGUACGAGCAUUCAAUAGUGGAAUUUCAUGAUACUCUUAGCAAACUAAUAGAGGAAAGUGAGAAAAGAUCACUGGAGAAUUUUACAGGAAACAUGCCUUCAGAAUUAUGGAGCAAAAUUUCCCUUCUAAUUGAUGGAUGGUUACUGGAGAAGAAAAUAGCUUACAAUGACGCAAGUAUGUUACGAGAAAUGGUUCGGAAAAGGGACAGUCGCCUUCGGGAAGCGUACUUGUCAUACAGAGGUACCGAAAACAGGGAUGUUAUGGACAGUUUUCUUAAGAUGGCAUUACCAGGAACCAGUUCUGGUUUGCACAUCGCCCACAUAGCAGCAGAGAUGGCUCCUGUCGCAAAGGUUGGUGGCCUGGCAGAUGUGAUAUCUGGUCUUGGGAAGGCACUUCAGAAAAAAGGGCAUCUAGUAGAGAUUAUUCUUCCCAAAUACGACUGCAUGCAGGUUGACCAAGUUAGCAAUCUAAAGGUUUUAGAUGUUCUUGUGCAGUCCUACUUUGAAGGAAAUAUGUUCAACAACAAAAUCUGGACCGGGACUGUUGAAGGCCUACCCGUGUACUUUAUUGAGCCACAGCAUCCAGCGAUGUUCUUUUCGAGGGCUCAGUACUAUGGAGAGCAUGAUGACUUCAAACGUUUUGCAUACUUCAGCCGUGCGGCACUAGAAUUACUUUACCAAUCUGGGAAGAAAGUUGAUAUAAUCCACUGCCAUGACUGGCAAACUGCAUUUGUUGCACCUCUUUAUUGGGAUGUAUAUGCAAAUCUAGGCUUCAACUCAGCUAGAAUUUGCUUCACCUGUCAUAAUUUUGAAUAUCAAGGAACUGCUCCAGCUCGUGAUUUAGCAUGGUGUGGCCUUGAUGUUGAGCACCUAGACAGACCAGACAGGAUGCGGGACAAUUCACAUGGAAGAAUAAAUGCUGUUAAGGGCGCAAUUGUGUAUUCAAACAUCGUAACCACUGUCUCGCCAACAUAUGCACUAGAGGUUCGCUCAGAGGGUGGGCGUGGACUCCAAGAUACACUUAAAGUACAUUCCAGGAAAUUUCUUGGGAUACUUAAUGGAAUCGACACAGAUACAUGGAACCCUUCCACAGAUAGGUAUCUCAAGGUCCAGUACAAUGCUAAGGAUCUCCAGGGAAAGGCAGCCAACAAAGCAGCCCUCAGAGAGCAACUAAACCUGGCUUCUGCAUAUCCUUCACAACCACUGGUUGGUUGCAUUACCAGGCUAGUUGCUCAGAAGGGUGUACAUCUUAUCAGGCAUGCAAUAUACAAAACAGCUGAAUUAGGAGGACAAUUUGUCCUUCUGGGUUCAAGUCCAGUACCAGAAAUUCAGAGAGAGUUUGAAGGUAUUGCAGACCAUUUUCAGAAUAACAACAAUAUCCGGCUGAUUUUGAAGUAUGAUGAUGCGCUAUCUCAUUGCAUAUAUGCUGCGUCUGACAUGUUCAUUGUCCCCUCUAUAUUUGAGCCAUGUGGCCUCACUCAGAUGAUAGCCAUGAGAUAUGGUUCUGUGCCGAUUGUUCGGAAAACUGGUGGGCUGAACGACAGUGUCUUUGACUUCGACGACGAAACAAUACCCAUGGAGGUGCGGAACGGCUUUACAUUUGUCAAGGCCGACGAGCAGGGCCUAAGCAGCGCGAUGGAAAGGGCGUUCAACUGCUACACGAGGAAGCCCGAGGUGUGGAAACAGCUUGUGCAGAAAGACAUGACGAUCGAUUUCAGCUGGGACACCUCGGCUUCGCAAUAUGAAGACAUCUACCAGAAGGCGGUGGCUCGAGCGAGGGCGGUGGCGUGAGCACACACACACGCUAGUUGGUUCCCUGAUGCCUCUCUCCCGGGCCCUGCCCUCAUGAUGCAAACGGCACUAGACGAAAUCGGGGAAUCAUGAAAACAGAGUCAUAUAGGAAGCUCCAUGCUCUCAGCACGCAUCUCCGGUAAGGGCGCGACGGUGUGUCGUUGGUUAUAUCGCUGUUUCUUGAAGGAAGGCAGAACGCGAGCGAAAAAUAGAGUAGCUACUGUGAACUGUCAAGAUCUUAGUACGUGCACUGUUGUUGGCAUAAUAUUGGUGUAAAUUGUAGUGGGCUGUAUAUUUUCUUGAGGGGUUGCAACGGAGCUGUGUAUGUGCAGUGCAGGCUGCAGAGUCGUAUGUAUUAUGCAGAAAUCUUUAUGGUCCGUGAGAUGGGAGGAGCGAGAAUUUCAGACA